GGAGGGAGGAGAACUGACGUCAGCGGGAGAGUAUUAUGGGCUGUCGUGCGCUGGCUGCUGCUUUUCUGCUCCUGGAAGCGGCCGAGGGGGGAAGCGGGGAGUCAACAUGGAGCUUUCGGCGGUGGGGGAGCGGGUGUUCGCGGCCGAAGCCCUCCUGAAGCGGCGCAUACGGAAAGGACGCAUGGAAUACCUCGUGAAAUGGAAGGGCUGGUCGCAGAAGUACAGCACAUGGGAGCCAGAAGAAAACAUCCUGGAUGCCCGGCUGCUUGCGGCCUUUGAGGAAAGGGAGCGGGAGAUGGAGCUCUAUGGCCCCAAAAAGCGAGGGCCCAAACCCAAAACCUUCCUUCUCAAGGCCCAGGCCAAGGCAAAAGCCAAAACCUACGAGUUCAGAAGUGACUCUGCCCGAGGCAUCCGGAUCCCCUACCCAGGCCGCUCACCCCAGGAUUUGGCAUCUACUUCUCGGGCCCGGGAAGGCCUUCGGAACAUGGGUCUGUCCCCACCAGGGAGCAGCAGCAGUACCAGCAGCACCUGCCGAGUAGACCCCCCUCGGGACCGGGACCGGGAGAGGGAAAGGGAGCGGGACCGAGAGCGAGAGAGGGAGCGAGAUCGUGAGAGGGAACGAGAAAGGGGUGCCAGCCGUGUAGAUGACAAGCCCAGCUCACCUGGGGACAGCUCCAAGAAGCGAGGUCCCAAGCCCCGGAAGGAGCUUCUGGACCCCUCACAGAGGCCUUUGGGAGAGCCCAGCGAUGGCCUCGGAGAAUACCUCAAAGGCAGGAAGCUGGAUGACACCCCUACUGGGACAGGAAAGUUUCCAGCCGGCCACAGUGUGAUCCAGCUGGCCCGAAGGCAGGACUCGGACCUGGUGCAAUGUGGUGUGACCAGCCCCAGCUCCACGGAGGCCUCAGGCAAACUGGCUGUGGACACCUUUCCAGCCAGGGUGAUAAAGCACAGGGCUACCUUCCUGGAGGCCAAAGGCCAAGGUGCCCUAGAUCCUGGUGGCCCCAGGGUCCGGCAUAGUUCAGGCACCCCAGGAUCUGUGGGGAGCCUGUAUCGGGACAUGGGGGCCCAAGGAGGAAGGCCCUCCCUCAUCGCCAGGAUCCCAGUGGCCAGAAUCCUGGGGGACCCAGAGGAAGAGUCUUGGAGCCCGUCUCUGACUAACCUGGAGAAGGUGGUGGUCACAGAUGUGACUUCAAACUUUUUGACCGUAACCAUUAAGGAAAGUAACACGGACCAAGGCUUCUUUAAGGAGAAAAGAUGAAUUGCUGGGGGCAGGGAGCCCAGGACAAGAGCAGGCCAGAGUGAGCGAGCGCAAAUGUGGCAUAGUGCUUUUUAUUUCUAGGUGGGAUGUGGCCUUCUGGCUGGUCCUGUCCUUAACUUCCCCCUCCCCCACCCCAGUCCCUUUCAUUCCUCUUCCUCCGUCUGGUUGGAAAUUAUCUCUAGAGUUCUAUUUUCUAUUAGAUGUAAAUAUGUUAUUUAAGAAAAAUAUCCAAAUAUAUAUAUUUCAACUC